AUGAAUUAUGAAAACUAUGAUCCGAGUUUCCCCGAGCAGCCCGUGGUGGAUCUCUACCUCCCAAUAUGGGCCCACCUCCCGGCGUUCCGCCACAAGCCCGCCUUCGUUUGGGCCGAAGACGCCUCCGCCCUAACCUACGAGCACCUCAACUCUUCUGUCAACUCCAUUUCCUCCAACUUAUCACUUUCUUUGCAUAAGGGCGACACCGUCGUCAUACUCUGCGAGCCGGGCCUCGAGCUCGUCCAGAUCAUCUUUGCUUGCCAGCGGGCCGGCCUUAUCGCCGUCCCCGUCACCCCUCCCCGUCUCUCUUUACCAAACCACCACCACCACCUCAUAAGGGUUCUCUCCCAAACGAAGCCUAGCGCCGCCAUAGCCUCGCGCAGCUACAUCCGCUACUCCUCCUGCACCCUCUCGAAGCUCACAUGGAUUGCGACGGAGGAUCUGACGGCUCCGAGCGAGCAUUGCGACAUGCGGAGAUACGAGGGGUGCAGAGCGGAUGAUGCGUACUUGAUCCAGUACACCUCCGGCGCCACCGCCAUUCCGAAGCCGGUGAUCGUAACAGCCGGCGCCGCCGCGCACAACGUCCGCGCGGCGAGGAGAUCCUACGACCUCCACCCCAACAGCGUGAUCGCGUCGUGGCUGCCUCAGUACCACGACUGCGGGUUGAUGUUUCUUUUGCUGACAAUCGUAUCCGGCGCCACGUGCGUGCUGGCCUCGCCCACCGCCUUCGUGGCCCGCCCCAGGCUCUGGCUCGAGAUGAUCACCGACUAUAAGGCCACCUGCACCCCCGUCCCCUCCUUCGCGCUGCCGCUCGUCGUCAGGCGCGGCGGGGGGAGCUCGCGCCUCAGCCUCGCCACCUUAAAGAACCUCAUCAUCAUCAACGAGCCCAUCAAGAAGCCCUCCAUCGACGAAUUCGUUCAAGCUUUCACUCCCUUCGGCCUUCAAUCAUCGAGCAUCUCCCCGUCUUACGGGCUGGCGGAGAAUUGCACAUUUGUGUCCACGGCGUGGAGGAGCGGCGGCGGCGGCGAUCAUUUCCCGAUUCACAAGAAUCUGCUGCCUAGCGCGAAGCUGCCGACUUCGAGAGAGGAAAUGCUGGAGGAAGACAUAGAAAUGUUGGUGGUGAAUGAGGAAACUCAUGAGGCCGUGGACGAUGGGAUCGAAGGCGAGAUAUGGAUUUCUUCUCCGGGGACUGCGGUCGGGUACCUCGACCACCCGACGCUGACGCGGGAGGUGUUCAACGGCCGGCUACGGGGCAGGGUGGGCGGCUGCUACGUCCGGACAGGAGAUAGGGGAGUGGUCGCCGGAAAAGAGAGGUAUCUGUACGUGAUGGGGCGGUGCGCGGACGUCAUCAAGAGCGUGGGGAUAGACAUACACCCGCAUUAUGUGGAGGCGGCGGCGCACGGCAGCUGCCCGAGGCUGCUGAGGGCGGGCUGCGUAGCGGCGUUCGAGCAUCAGGGCGUCGUGACGGUGGUGGCGGAGCUGCUCAAGCCGGUCUUGGAAUCGAAUGUUUUGGUGAGAAUAUGUGAAGGAAUCCGUAAGGCGGUUUGGGAGGAGGAGAGGGUGGAAGUGGGAGCGGUGGUCCUUGCCGAGAGGCGGAGUGUGGCGAAGACUACGUCGGGGAAGAUACAGCGAUGGGCGGCAAAGUAUGCGUUUGAAAGAGAUGAGUUGAAGGAAGUAGUGAGAAUGAAGUUUGGUGAUGAUGGCUGCAACUCUACGGUGUUUGGACAGAGAAAGAGAGAGAGUGAGGAGGAGAGAGAAGGGAUCCAUGUAGCUGCAGCAAGAGACAAUGGAAAUCGUCUUUCGUUACAAUCAUCGUUGUAA